AUGGCUCGUGUCCUCGAGCUCAGCCCCGCCCGCGAAUCCACUUGCCGCGCCUCCUCCCAGACCAACCGCUCCCCCUAUACUCUCGAACGCACACCUGAAACGCCAAUUCGUAUCGGAAUGCAACGGCAAGAGCCACCGAGCGUCCUCGGUGUGAACGAAGCUGUGCGGGCGCGACCCCAGCGCUCGCUUGGGUCAACUAUAGCCGCUCCAUUUGGGAGGGCCGCACCCAAGCAGGCGGCGAUGCAGGGUCGCCGCGUCCUGCCGCGCCACCCGCCGGGACACGGCUUUGCUGAUGUCGAGGGGGACCAAUGA